AUGACGGCCGGUCAGACCACAGGGGAGCUUGCAGCUGCAGAAACACCACCUGCCCCGUCCUCUCUCCCUCACCGGCAAUCUUGUGAUAGGUGUCACAAACAAAAGUUGCGGUGUAUCCGGGAGCCCAAUACAGGCGUAUGCGAUCGAUGCCUGCGAAAGCGGGCUCAGUGCGUUUACAGCUUCAGCUUGCCCAAAGGACGCCCCACCAUGUACCGUUCAGGUGGGGCCGGUGGUACGGUGCGCUCAGGGACAGCAAGUGCACCUUUGAAUAGUCGCCCAACAAGUCCGCCGGUAGAGCCAGUCAAGCCUGUUUGUAAGUAUUUGGAAAUACCGGAUCGGAUCGGCUUGUUGGAUUCGGAUCAAAAAUUAACACUCGGAACUGAAGCUUCAGGUACCAACAUUGACGUCGAUGAGAGCAAUGUAACGAAAGAUACGACCCAAGUCCCCAACCCAACCACGAACGAAAACCCCGUCUUGACCGGUGUCAUGGAUAACGGUCCACGAUUAGAACAAUUGAACUGGGACGAUAUGCAGCUGGACGGAGAGUGGAACAGUCAAGACCCUACCCAGGUCGACAAAUUAUUGACAUCCCUUGGCGCCUUUUGCAACGACGGGAGCGCACCGGAUGCGCACACCCAAUCUUCACCAGACCAGCUUCACUUCCAACUGAAUACCUCCAAUCUCCAUGCAUACGACCACGGCCAGCCUGCCGGUGGGUUUUUCCAGAGCCACGAUAUCGGCAGAGGCGAGAUGGACAGAGGCAUGGGCGACAGCACAACGAACAUGGGCCUAGAAAAGCCAGUCCAUAUCCCAAGUAUUGCUGUGACACAGCUGUCUCAGCUCAGCAUGGACCUUGCCUUAUUGCGCUACACAAGCUACAAUAUGGCCAAAGUAGCAGAAUCGCCCUCGUGUCACAUGCCAAAUGAUAGAAGAAUCCCAUUGAUCGACAGUUCUGCCUUCGAGUUCGUGAGUACAUGGCUGGCCCAUGGUCAGGGGUUCGCAGGAAUGAAUCCAUUAGCACCUGGAUGUGAAACUCAGGUGCCAUAUCCAACUCCCAUCUCUGAAACAGGAACUUGCGCCGGUCGCACACUGAGAGAGGUGUUCUGUUCUUCGCAACGAUUGUUAGAGAUCCUCGGUCAGUUGCAAUUCAGUCUCAUGGUUGAAAUCAAUCCUUAUCCCUCACCCAUAAUCACCCCACCUGAGCGACCAUCGACUGCAGUCUCUGGUGGGGACAGCGGGUCUCUUGGGUUGCCGAAUGGUUCGGGUAUCGCGGGCCGGUCCGUUCCAUGCCCGAGCCCGGCAAAUGGAACCAUGCAAGUCAUUCACUAUCUGGUCAUGGCUUGUGAGGCACUGCUCUUGGAGAUCUAUGUGGCGGUCCUUGUCGCCCUGCAACAUGAGGCAUAUUCGUCGAAUAAUGGAACCGUCAUGGGAGAUGUGCGGCUGGUGUUGGUAGUAGAGCUCUGUUCUUACCUCAUCGAGCGCCAACUCCAAGCCGUGGACUCAUACCUGACGCCCCAGAACCGUCUUAAUCCCCACCUUGUGAGCGGGUCGGUUCCUGGAAAGUUUGAUAUUCCUGGGGGGCCUGAAAAUCUUGAUAAAGAUAGAGACAUGUUGAACGACCUCAGGAACCAAGUGCAGGAGAGACUCGGACAUCUUCGACAAACUCUGCGCUGUAGAUGA